AUGGUGUGGUGACGUGGCGAAAGUGGUGAUCUUCCUGCUCUGGCUGGAGUCACUGUUGGGCAGUCGGCCCCAGAUUGGAGUGCAAUCUGUGCCUGGCCGGAAGUCGCAGCACGGCCGAGGAUGUAAUCCGUCACGUGACCGCUAUCAGGUGGUGGCCCGAGGUUGGCCGGUUCCGCUAGCGGUGCGCAACCAGGCCCAGGCACCACGUCGCCAUGUGAUAGUGGUAGAUCACGUCACGUGCUCGGGCCACAGGAACCUUCCUUCACUACCACAGGCCAUGUGACGGGACCCUGAUCCGAAUCCGAUGACCCUGGGACUAGCGGAUGGUGCAUGUGCCACCCCAGUAUUCCAGUCGGAGGGCUGUCUGUGCUGCCCGUUACGGGUGUCCAUAUGCACUGGCGGCAAGUUAAGGUUUGCCAUGACACAUGCGUGCAUCGGGUUCCUGGACCCUGUCGUCAUCCAUUUGCUAUUGCUGGACCCUAUUUCCUCCCCCAUUGUGCAGGAGACUUGUCAGUCAUCGUCGCCAGUGUCACGUUACAGCCUGAAUUGCAGACAUGGCAAGGUCUGGAACAGUUUAACGGAGUUGUCAUCAUUUCAAGAUACCACCUCAGGAGAAUUAAUAUUCCAGAAAUGGAUGAAAUCGCUCGUUGGGGCUGCUCGAACUCCCAGGUGGCAACCUACACUGUUCAUGGAGAUUACCCACUAUGUGGAAUGCUGGAACUAUGAAUCUCCCAUUGUGCAGGAACCUCCUAUCAAUGGCUGCGAAAUCCGACACUAGUUAUUUUGUCGGAAAUUUCCUACCAAUACUACUUCGCUCUAGCUGUGGACUCUGCCACCAUUUAUACCCACGCCUAC